AUGAUGACAUUAGUAAGGGAAAGAAGGCAACAGCAUGCACUCAGGCUACCCUUACCACCUCAAAUUACAGCACCAGAUGAAUUGCGACACCAAUUGUCAUUGUCAUCUCCAUUGCCGGUGCCGGUUUGUGAUGGCCCGGACUCUCCUGGCAUUGAAAGCCUCACCGACCUUGAGAAGUUGGUUGUCCUUGGCCAUGGCAAUGGUGGCACCGUAUACAAGGUACAACAUCGUUGGAGUAACUCCAUUUAUGCUUUGAAAGUCCUCCGAUUCAGCCAAGAUACUGUAGGAAUCCGGCAACAGGCUGCUCGCGAGGCUGAGAUCCUCAAACGUGUUGAUUCACAGUAUGUUGUGAAGUGUCAUGGAGUAUUUGAUAAUGGGAGUGAUGUGGAAGGUGGUAACCUAUGUUUUGUGAUGGAGUAUAUGGAAGGUGGCUCAUUACAUGAUGUUCUACAAGUUCAUCAGCGGCUACCGGAGAGAGUCAUCUCCGAUGUUGCUAAACGGGUAUUGGAAGGACUGAAGUAUCUGCAUGCAAUGAAGAUUGUUCAUAGGGAUAUCAAGCCAUCAAACUUGCUGAUCAACAGCAGAGGGGAUGUGAAGAUUGCAGAUUUUGGAGUGAGCACACUUGAUGCCGCCUGCUACUCCUGUGCAGGUACAUGUGCAUAUAUGAGCCCUGAGAGGUUUGAUCCCGACAGGUGGGCUAGAGGUGAGAAUGAAGGGUUUGCUGGAGAUGUAUGGUCCCUAGGUGUGGCAAUGCUGGAAUGCUAUAUGGGUCAUUUCCCCUUGAUUGAACCUGGACAGAGACCUGAUUGGGCAACACUCAUGUGUGCCAUAUGUUUCAGUGAGCCACCAGAGAUGGAGACAGCAUCACCAGAAUUCCGGAGCUUUAUCCAAUGCUGCCUGGAGAAGGAUUGGAGGAGGAGAGGCACAGUGCAAGAGCUUUUAAGUCACCCAUUUGUAACAAAGUGCAGCACGACUACAGAUGGGCUGGUGGAUGGUUUUCCUGGUUGA